UGAGCAUGCUCCGACUUGUGCUGGCUCCUCCUCCGCUGCGCCAGCUGUGCAGCCUCUGGACCACGCCCCCUGUUCACCUGACCCCGCCCCUCAGAGUCCGUACGUUCAGCCUCCUGCCAUGCAUCAGGCUCCACAGGCCCCGCCCCCGCAGCACUACCAACACAUCCCGCAGCACUACCACCAGCCCCCCACGCAACACGCCCCACCCACUCAGCAGAGCUCCAUUCAGAUCCCGCUCGGCGCCGCCCCUCCGAAGGUGGUGAGCACCGCCUGUAUCUACCCCUCGCAGCCCGCUCCGCCUCCAGCUCCGGCGCCGGUUCCAUUCCCUCCACAGCCUCGCCCUCCGGCCGCCGCCCCGGCCCCACCCCCGGCAGCUGAUGCCAACAGACCCCCCUGGGUGACCGACAACAGCUUUGCCGACAAGUUCGACCCCAGUAAGAUGACCACCACCACCAUGAAGGUGCCGCCGCUGCCCCAGGCCGCACCUCCUCCGCCAGCGUUCAUCCCCAAUCCCUCCCCUGUUGCACCUAUAGCUCCCAGCCCCGCCCCAAUCACCCCCAGUCCCGCCCCUUUCCCUCAAGUGGCGAGGGGCGUGGCGCAGAGGGCGGAGAGGUUCGCCGCCAGCAGCCGUACACCUCUGUGCGGGGCCUGUAACAACAUCAUCAGGGGCCCCUUCCUCGUGGCCCUCGGCCGCUCCUGGCACCCGGAGGAGUUCAACUGUCACUACUGUCACAUGUCUCUGGCUGACGUCAGCUUCGUGGAGGAACAGAACAGCGUUUACUGCGAGAACUGCUACGAGGAGUUCUUCGCCCCGACCUGCGCUCGCUGCAACACCAAGAUCAUGGGGGAAGUGAUGCACGCCCUGCGGCAGACGUGGCACACCACCUGCUUCGUGUGCGCGGCCUGCGGUAAAGCUUUCGGUAACAGCCUCUUCCACAUGGAGGACGGGGAGCCGUACUGCGAGAAAGAUUAUGUCUCGCUCUUCAGCACUAAGUGUCAUGGCUGUGACUUCCCAGUUGAGGCGGGGGAUAAGUUCAUCGAGGCUCUGGGUCACACUUGGCACGACACCUGCUUCGUCUGCGCGGUUUGCCACGUGAACCUGGAGGGUCAACCUUUCUACUCCAAGAAAGACAAACCUCUGUGCAAGAAGCACGCUCACGCCAUCAACGUGUAGACGCAGCGGCGACCCCGCGCUCACUGGGAGGAGCCGACUGCGACACAAGACGACAACUUUUUCAGAUGUGUGUAAAAGAUCUUUGUGCAAAACUCCACUUUGGUUUGAGACUUUUUCUUUGUGCAUUAAUAUUCAUGUUUAAAACGCGGCCUGAUGAAUCUGCUGAAAACUCGAGGUCAGGAAGUUUCCUCUCGUUCAUCACGAGGAUUUUAUACUUGACUUUUAUUUUGAUGAUGUUUUCUACCAGAGAGGAACUGUGGACAGUUUGAGUAUGGAGUCUUGAGUGUGCCAAAUGAAAUUACUGUAGAAUG